AUGUCCUUGUUUGCGGAUGACUCUGAUCAGGCAAAGGCGUAUGCCGAAGUCCACAACAACGAUAGCGGUGAAACAUCUGACGAGCAUGUUGCUGGUGCAGCAGCUUUUGUGGUAUGA